CAACAUGGAACAUAGGGAGCCUUGUAUUUGUAGAAUACAGACCAGAUAUCCCCUUCCGCCCCAGGUUACUGACAGCCAAGAUUACCACAGCAGAAAAUUUAUCAGAGAAGAAUGCAGCUAGUAAUUCAGACAGCUAUGAAAUGUGCCACCCACAGAUGUCAUUCAUACUACACAGAAAAGAUGGCGGGUAUACAAAAGAGGCGGUGUCUCCUGGGGAUAAGAACAAGCCAGAGCAAUGAGGCCAUGCGCACAGUGGACUGGCACACCAACUUGAGGCGUCACCCAUUCCAUAUCAAAAACAAAAUCAGAGACUGAAACAAGAUCCAGGCUCCAACAAAAUGGACAAUUUCCAAGUAUUUGAAAAGCUUCAAACAGCUGUGGUGAGGAAGACAAGUUACACAGUCCAGGGUGAGGCAAAUGCAUGAAAGCAAGCUCUUCUAUAACAAAAUGGAACAGAUUCUUUUGCAAAGCCAGGAGGGCAUGAGCAAUACUGGUCAGGGAUCCAGGACUGGCUCCCUACGUGAAAUUAUGUUUGAAGAAAACCCGACUUCAAGAUAUUUAACCAGAUCUACCUGCCCAGAAGAUUCCCAAGAAACUAACACAGCCACUUCCUAUGUUUUGGGACUACAGGAAAACUUGGGACGUGGCCCAGGAGACAACAGCAGUGAAGCAUCUCCUACUGCCAAUGACUUCUCAGCAAAUUCAACUUCAGUGCAGCACCAUCUUGUCAGCCUGAAGAAGCAGACGUCCAGGCAGAAGGCAGAGUAUGAAGCUAAAAUUACAAGCCUGGAGCAGCGGAACAAAGAGCUGCAAUCAGAGAUUAAGGAUCUGCAUUCAAAACUGGGUCAGCAACGGAAGUGGUACAGUCUGGUGGAGAUUAAAAUGCGAAACGCAGAGAGGGCACGGGAAGAUGCAGAAGGAAGAAAUGAAAUGCUCCAGAGGGAAAUGGAAGAGUUUUUUGAUACUUUGGGGAAUUAACAAAUGAUGUGAAGAAGACAGAACAAAAACUGUUCAAAAUUUUUAAAGCAAUUAACUAGACCAGUUUGCAAAAAAAGAGUUGAUAUUUGAUUAAAUGGCUACUAUCAUUUCAAUGCAGAAAUUAGAUUCCUAACAGCAAAAUAAGCUUAGUAGUAAAAACUAAACUUCGUUAAACUUUUAAUACAAAUAGGGAAUAUAAUUGCAGUAUCUAAUAAAUCAAGUUAGCAAUGCCUACUAUUAAUUUUCAACAAUGUAAAUCACAUUUUGAAAGUUUUAUGUUAAACAAUAUCAUUUUUUUGCCUGCUCACAUAAAAAUCCUGUAUUUGUUCAAGACAAUCCAAAAACUGCAAUGAGAACAGUACACUAAUAAAAGUCACCUCAGCACGCAGUGGAAGAAAAAAAAAUAUCUUUAUUUGAACCUGUGCGAAGCAGAAAUGAUUAUAUUUCAGUCUGUCCAUUUUCCCAUCCACAAAGUAACUAACCAAAUAGCCUUAUUACAGUUGUACUUCUAAAUGACCAACAUAGUUUCUCCAGUCACUAGAAUCAACACCAAUUAAUGAGCAACAAAAGUCAAUUCAAAUGCAUGUCACAGGAAAAAGUUUAAAAACUUGCAUUUUCCUGAAGCAAACCAGAACAAUAAACAACAUAAUUUAUAUGCUGAACAAUGAGAUAACUUAUAGCCUGUGUUAUGAUUGGAUACAAUCAAUGAAUUAUGUAAUUAAGGCCACUGUUUGCCAGUUCAUACUAAAAGGCAAGACGAAUACAAAAUUGAGUGACUUUUUUUU